CAGAUGGCCUGUCCGUGACAUUUUCAUGUCAAGUUUCAGCAGCUAGCCGAUAUUACCUGAAACUUUCAGGUAGUGCCGGCUAGCCACCAGCUAUUGCGAUACAUAAGCACACAGGUCGCUUCGCUUCUGUCUCUCUACCAUCGGUAUCAUCGCAUCAUGGAGGCAUCGCUGUACAAGGACGUCGUCAUCUCCCGCGGCCUGACAUACAAUUACUACUUCUCCCCUGCCCAGUCCUCCAAGCCGACUCUGCUGUUCUGUCAUGGCUUCCCAUCCACGUCUUAUGACUGGCGCCACAUCGUGCCUCGUCUGAAGGAUAAGGGGUACGGCGUGCUUGCGUUGGACAUGCUUGGGUAUGGUGGGACCGACAAGCCUACUGACCCGGCGGCGUACGUCCCGAGUCUGAUAUGCAAAGAUAUUAUCGAUGUCCUGGAUGCCGAGAAGAUUGAGGGUGUUAUUGCCGUAGGCCAUGACUGGGGCUGCCAGGCGACCUCGCGCCUUGCAAACUACUACCCCGAGCGUAUACUCGCCUACGUGUUCUUCGCCCUCUCUUUCUUACAAGUGUUGUCCCCGGAGGAGUCUCAAAUGCUCCAGGGCUUCCUGAAGAAGCAGCUCGGGUAUGAAACGUUCGGCUACUGGAGUUUCAUGAGUGAGCCGGACGCGCAUGAGAUCUUACUGGCACAUAUUGACUCGGUUGUCAGCAUCAGUUUUGCUCACGAUCCUAAGAUCUUGAGAGAUCGCGCAUGCCCGACGGGCGCGCUCAAGCGGACCCUACUCGAAGACUUUACUGCGCCUCUACCAUCUUACCUUUCUGAGGAAGACGCGAAACACUUUGUGGAGACGUUCAGGCGUGACGGCUUUGCGGCGCCGGUGUGUUGGUACAAGGUUGUGACGAGCCAGCUAGCCGCCGAGGACGACCAGCAGAUCCCUUCCGAGCGCAAAUUCCCGCCGGCCCGCGCGCCGAUCUACUUUGGCGCAACGAAAAAUGACGAAGUCUGCGCUCCCAUCAUUGGAUACACGGUUUUUGCGCACGAGGCGUUCAGCAAGCACAGUGUGACGAUGAAAGAGUAUGACUCGGACCAUUGGCUUAUUCUCUCUCAUGCAGACGAGAUUGUCGAUGAUCUCGAGGAGUGGAUUGAAGGUACCGUUGUUACGAAAGUCACGCCUUAAGCUAGUGGCUUCCGUAGUACGUAUUGGAGGCGUGGCAACUGAUGUCUUAUCUAUAGAGUAGCUGAUGCCCGUGCUCACACACAAGCUGGUCAUCGAGGCUUGCAGAUGUUACAUGGAUUUAUGUCAAAUGCAUGUCUGAAUUCA